AUGAAGCUCCAGUUCGCUCCUACAAACGUCCCCCUCAAUCGGAGACUGCAGACAACAUCCGUGCUUCUUUGGGUCUUCUCCUUCCUCGCAUUGGCGCAGUGCUGCAUCGUGCUAUUCUUUGGGCUCCUCUUCACCCGCUUCUGGCUGCUCAGUGUAUUGUAUGCCGCCUGGUGGUUCAUCGACUGGGACACACCGUCGCAGGGCGGCCGCAGGAUCCACUUUAUGUGCAAGCUGCCCCUCUGGAGGUACAUGCGGGACUAUUUCCCCAUCCAGCUCUUAAAGACUGCUGAGCUUGACCCCAGGCAGAACUAUGUGCUCGGGUUCCACCCACAUGGGAUCCUGGUCGCAGGGGCCUUCGCCAACUUCUGCACCUAUGCCACAGGGUUCUGUAACCUAUACCCUGGAUUGACCCCGUACCUCCUCAUGCUGCCCCUGUGGUUCAGGGCUCCUUUCUUCCGAGACUACCUCAUGUCUGGAGGUUUGAUACCCUCUGACAAAGAGAGUGCCAGCUACUUGUUGCGCAGGCCAGGGGGUGGCAAUGCAGUGGUCAUCGCAGUGGGUGGGGCUCCAGAGGCCCUUGAUGCCCAUCCCGGUGCCUACACCCUACAGCUGGCCAAUAAGAAGGGCUUUGUCAAAUUGGCAAUGGAACACGGAGCGCACCUUGUGCCAGUAUUCUCAUUCGGGGAGAACGAGUUGUUUGACCAGGUGGAGAACCCACGGGGCACCUGGCUGCGCUGGAUUCAGGAGCGGCUGCAAAGGGUGAUGGGUAUCUCCCUGCCCCUCUUCCAUGCCCGCGGAGUCUUCCAGUACAGCUUUGGCCUCAUGCCUUAUAGGAAGCCCAUUCACACUGUGGUGGGGAAGCCCAUACGCAUUCAGAGGAACAAAAACCCCAGCGAUGACGAAUUGGAUGACCUGCAUGAGCUUUACAUUGACCAGCUGUGCAAACUCUUUGAAGAGCACAAGGGUCACUACGGGAUCCCUGAGGACAGGCACCUCACUUUUGUCUGA